GCCGGAGCGGGGCCGGAGCGGGGACGGCAGCGGCAUGUGCGACGUGGAGUGGGGCGAUGGCGGCUGCGGGGAGGACGCGGCACCGGCCCGGCGCCGCCGCGACCCGGGACGCAGCCCCCCGCGGACCUGCGUGAAGUGCAAACAGGGCACUGCUGCCCUCGUCAUCCGCCUCGGCGAUGCGUUCUGCCGUGGCUGCUUCCGUGAGUACUUUGUGCACAAGUUCCGCGCGCUGCUGGGCAAGAACCGCGUCAUCUUCCCAGGAGAGAAGGUGCUGCUGGCACUGUCGGGGGGCCUGGCCUCCAGUGCCAUGCUCCAGCAGGUCCAGGAGGGUCUGAGCCGGGAGACGGCCAAGAAGCUCCGCUUCAUCCCAGGCCUCGUCUAUGUUGAUGAGGGAGCGGUGCGUGGGCAGAGCCCGGCGCAGCGGGAGCAGACCCUGUCCCAAAUGGACACCCUGAUGCGUGCCACUGGCUUCCCCUACUACGUGACCCACCUGGAGGAGGCACUGGAGCUGCCUCCAUCCAUCCUGCAGCCGGGGCUGGGGGGGUCCCACAAGCCCAGCCCUUCCUACAAGGAGGCCGUGGAGGGCUUCAUCCAGCAGCAGCGGCAGCAGGGGGACGGUGGCACCUCGCUGCCUGGCCACAGCACCCAGGACGAGUUGGCAGGACCCCCCCCCACCCCCCAGCUGCCCCCCACUGCCCUCACCCAGGACCUGCUGCGGCUCUUCCAGGCCGUGGAGACGCCGACAGCGAGAGAGGAGAUGCUGCAGAUGCUGCGGACCCACCUCAUUGUGCAGACAGCCCGGAGCAGGGGCUACACCAAGGUGAUGACAGGCGAGAGCUGCACCCGCGUGGCCAUCAAGCUCCUCACCAACCUGGCGCUGGGCCGUGGCGCUUUCCUCGCCGUCGACACGGGCUUCGUGGACGGCCGCCACGGCGACGUGCUGCUGGUGCGGCCCAUGCGGGAGUACACGGCCAAGGAGAUCGCCUUCUACAACCACUUCUUCCACGUCCCCACCGUCACCGUGCCACCUCUCACCACCAAGCGCCGGGAGAAGCUGAGCAUCCACCGCCUGGUGGAACGGUUCAUCCUGGAGCUGCAGGAGGAUUUCCCCUCCACCAUCAGCACCAUCUACCGGACGGGGGAGAAGCUGAGCCCAGCUCCGGCCAAGGCGAGCUGCGAGUCCCAGCGCUGCCUGCUCUGCCUCUGCGCCCUGGACAUCGAGGGGGAGGAGGAGCUGGCGCUGGAGCCCACGCUGAUCCUGGAGGAGCCGGAGGAGGAUGGGUGCUGCCAGGCCCCCCCUGCAGCGGGGGCUGAGAGCAGAGCUGCCUUCAUCCCGCUGCUGUGCUACAGCUGCCGCCUCACCUUCAAGGAGCUGGGCCCCCUGGCCACGCUGCCGCCCUACGUGCGCGCCGAGGCCCAGCGCAGGAUCCACAGAGCACAGAUGAUGGAGCAGGGCCAGGAGGUACCACUGGAGGACAAGGAGCCUGCUGAGAGCUGAAGAGGCUGGGGACAGCGAGGGGUCACCCCGGGGACGCUGGGGACCCCGCACUCAGGGAGCUGCUCUCCCCCUGUUUUGGCUGGGAGAGCCCCCAGCCCCUGUCUGGGAGGGGUUGGGGUGCUGGUAGCCCCUGGGAGAGCAGGUCCCCAACUCCCCCCCCUCCCCACCCCAGCUGCCCAUGAGCCAGGGAGGCCUCAGCUUUGUUUUAUUAGAUAUCUGUAUAAAUAAACCAUUUGAAUUAAUAAAAAACAACCCCAAAACA